AUGGGCUACACCACACUAUGGAAGCGACUGUCGCCGCGUCAGCUGAAUGUCGCUAUUCAAAUAUUUUCGCUGAUCUCAAUCUUCUUCGAGGGAUAUGACCAGGGUGUGAUGGGUGGCGUCAACAGCGCACCCAAAUAUGUGACAGAGGUUGGCAUCGGUAAACCAGAUGGGACAGUCACCGACACCACUCACCAGGGUGGAAUUGUCAGCAUUUAUUACCUGGGUGCGAUCUUCGGUUGUUUCGCUGGUGGAUGGCUGGCAGAUCGCGUUGGUCGGAUCAACGGCCUACUCGCGGGAUCGACAUUUGCGCUAAUCGGUGGCGCGCUGCAAGCGGCCGCGCAGGAUUCAAAUUUCAUGCUGUGCGCUAGGGUGAUUACAGGGAUUGGGACCGGGGCCUUAACUGGCAUUACCCCAGUAUUGGUCUCAGAGACCGCUUCAGCGAACCAUCGAGGUGGCUUUUUGGGUUAUGUCUUCAUUGCCAAAAUUUCCGUCGCAUACUGGAUCUCCUUCGGUCUCGCAUUUGUCGAUAACGGUUACUCGGACGUACGAUGGCGCUUCCUUCUCGCCUUCCAGUGUUUCCCGGCACUCAUCCUGGUUGCCUUCAUAAAAAUGUUGCCGGAUAGCCCCCGCUAUCUGGCCUCGGUGGGGCGGAGUGAUGAAGCACGAGAUCUUCUAAAUCGUAUUCGCAAAGACCGAGCCUCCCAAGACGAUAUCGAGCGAGAAUACCUUGAGAUUAUAGUCACUGCGGAGGGAAGCAAGCGCAGCUCCCCCAUUGAGUUUGGAAAAAUCUUAUUUGGAAAGGGUGGAAAGCCGGGUAUGAAUCUCGGCCGACGAGCUUGGUUGUGUGUUUGGCUUCAAAUUAUGGCGUCUUGGACGGGUAUAACGGCGGUUACUGCAUAUUCCCCAACACUGCUUGCUCAGGCAGGCUAUAGUGAUAUAAAGCAAAACGGUCUUGCCGGAGGAAUCAACACGAUUGGAAUUAUAGGUACCAUUAUUAGUGCCCAAAUCAUCGACCGAUUUGGCCGACGGGUGUGUCUGAUGGGCGGAGCGGCUGUUUUAUUCGCAGUCAACCUUAUUGCCGGAGCUGUUUAUGAAGGCUCGCUUCAUAACCCUGAAAACGCAUCUCAAUAUGCGCCUGGUGCCGUUACCAUGCUCUUUUUAUUCAACCUCGGUUAUGCUGCCACCUGGGGCACGGUCGCUUUCUUGAUCCCUACUGAGAUCUUUCCCAGUGAUCUAAGAGCCCAAGGAAAUGGAUUCGGAAUCACAGGGUGGGCUAUUGGGGUGGGUAUGACCACUUUAGUCAACCCCAUCAUGUUUAAUGUCAUGACCAGCCGUACAUACUUUUUGUUUGCUGGCCUUAACCUCCUCUGGAUCCCGAUCGUCUACCUAUUCUAUCCUGAAACCCGCAACCGCUCUCUUGAGUCGAUUGACGCUCUUUUCUCAACCACCAGCCCAUUCUACUGGAAGAUGGAACAGGCAUAUAAGCUCCACGGCGAUGUCCUCGCCGAACACGGAGUUAGCAGGGGCGAGGUUCUCAGUGACGGCAAGACCGAGCUGACAACCUCCCCAUCUAAAGUUGGAACUGUCUAA